AAAGACGGAGUUCAAUAAGUAUUAAGCUAUCGCGAAUAGCUGAAUGCGAACUUUAUUUCUUAUACAGUAAAGUUGAAAAUAGCAAUAUACAUUAUAAAUAUAUAAAUUGUAUGUAGAUAGGGACAAUAUUGUUCAAGAGUGGUUUGUUUUGUUCAGAUAAGUGUAGACUCUCGUAGCUGUUGGUUUUGCGUAGCAGUGAGAAACUAUAUAUCUUAAAGAACACUCGAUUGUGACGAGUCGCAGAUAUUAAUAAUUAUUAAUUUCAUUUUAUAUACUAGCGAGCAACAUGGAACACGGCGAGGGAGUGCAAGUGGUGAGGACGGGCGAGGGCGCGCAGCGGUACGAGCUGGACGAGGAGGCGCUGCGCCGCGUGCUGCUGCGGCAGGACGUGCGCGGCCUGCCCGUGGUGGUCGUUAGUGUCGCCGGCGCCUACCGCGGCGGCAAGUCCUUCUUGCUCAAUUUCUUCCUCAGAUACCUCAAUGCCUCUCGCGAGAGUCAGUUGACUGGACGGUGGUUGGGUAAGGAGGACGAACCACUAACAGGAUUUCACUGGCGAGGUGGAUGUGAGCGAGACACCACUGGCAUCCAUCUGUGGUCGGAGCCCAUCAUUACAACCACAGAAAACGGCAAAAAGGUGGCCGUGUUGCUAAUGGAUACACAGGGCAUUUUCGACUCGGAGACCACGAUAGGCCAGAACUCGACGAUUUUCGCGCUGUCCACGCUCAUCUCGUCCGUACAGAUCUACAACCUGUUCGGCAACAUUAGGGAAGAUAAUCUUCAAAACUUACAGCUGUUCACGGAGUACGGCAGGGUGGUGAGCGACGCCCACGACAAGGCAUUCCAAACGCUUCUGUUUCUCGUCAGGGACUGGGCGAAUGCCUUCGAACACCCUUAUGGUUUGACAGGCGGGUCUCAACUACUACGGAAAAGACUUCAGCUGAAUCAGAACCAGAAACCAGAAUUACGGCAUGUCCGUGAACACCUGCAUUCGUGUUUCGAAGAUAUCAAGUGUUUCCUCAUGCCACAUCCAGGUUUCUGUGUUGGAGAGCGAAACUUUGAUGGCCGUAUUACAGACUUGAAUGAAAACUUCAAAUCGGCGCUUUUGGAAUUGGCGCAUUCUCUGUUCGACCCAAAACUCCUAACUCCAAAGGUCAUCAGUGGUGAAUUAAUCUCGGCAGAAGACUUCUUCGAGUAUUUUAAGAAAUAUGUCAAUAUUUUCAACAGUGAUGAAGUGCCCACAAUGGGUACCAUCUUUCAGGCGACGGCGGAUGCAUGCCUGUUGGCGGUGACGCGCAAGGCACGCGAUCUGUACUCGCAGCAAAUGGAGGCGCGAGUGCGCGACAGCGUCAGUGUCAGCAACGCCACGAUCAAAGCCUGGCACGAGGAAGCGCGGGACCAAGCCCUGCGACGUUUCACAGAGAACAGAAAUCUAGCUGCGCAGGCCGAUAUUGAUGUUCAAUUUAGUGAGCUUACUAAGGAACUGGAGACACUCCUCUCAUUUUACUUGUGGAAUAACGACAAAAAAGUUCGCGACACUAUGGCCCUCGCCGCACAAGUAUACGAGGCGGCUGUGAGCCGCGUGUGUGCGGAGCACGCGCGGCUGUGCCUGCACCCGCAGGACCUGGAGGAGCUGCACGCAGAUGCUUUGCGACAGGCGCUCGCAGUUUUCGAUACUGCCAGAGCCGAACCUCCAGGCGAAGAGGACGAGACAAGAUUAGAAUUGAAAUGUAAGUUGGAGCAGCGCUACGAGCACUUGUGUGUCAUCAACGAGCAGAACAACAAGACUAGCGUGAUGGAGGCACGAGAGGUAUACGUAAGGCGAAUGAAGCUGGAGAUGGACCAGCCGGGUGUCAGCUCCGAGCGACUCUCUACGCAGCACCGGGAGAUAGUGGAUCUCUCUAAAUCAUCCUUUUACUUGCUCAGAAAUCGCUCCACGCAGCGAGAUGACGACCCUCACCUCCGGCGACUUUUACAGGAAAUCGAAGACUGUUAUGCUGAAUUUAGGCAGGGGAUUGUUAAGAGUAACAGAAUGAUGAGGCAAAUGGCUGAAUACGCCUACAACAACUACAUUACGUCGGCGUGGGGCCCGCAGACUUGCUGCUUCCACCCGCGAGCACUGGAGGACUUGCACAACGAAGCUGUGACUGAAGUCAACAAACAGUUACACGGAGACAAAAAUGAAGAUGAAAACAAGGCAGCCAUUAUGGAGGUCCUGGCAAGACGUUAUUCUGAACUGCAGAUGAAUAACGAGUAUAAUAACGAGCGAGCGGUAGAACAAGCGUUUAAUGCGUAUGUUAUGAAGAUGGACAAGCUUACGCGGCCUUCUGGAGUUCCCGCGUUGGUGUUCGCAUUCUUCACUAUACUCCAGUUUUCUUUGACUUUCCACCACGAAGAAACCAAGCGAGUAGCAGUGCAAGAGUUUAAUCACAGGCGUCGUGGUACACCAUACGAUCAGGAUCCAUAUUACGACCGUCUGGUGAAGAACAUCGACGCGGCCUAUGAGAACUACAGUAGUCCAGUGAUGACCUUUUUAAGGGAGCUAGGAUUUUGUAGAGACCAAGCUGCAUUACCAGCUAACAAUGCACGCAUGGGAUAAUACAUUAUGGCUCAAACGCUAAUAAUUAGGCCAAUAUGAGUAUAUAACACUAUUCUUAGUAAGUUAGGUUCUAAACAGAUGCACCGCAAGUGAACUGCAACCAAACCGCAAAUUGCAGUGUGAAUGCAGUUGACACGACUGCAAUAGAGCUGCAAUCGGACUGCAGUUUGGUUUGCAGUUCAAUUGCAGUCGUGUCAACUGCAUUCACACUGCUUUAUAUCAUUGCCGAUGGGUUGCAGUUGAAAUGCGGUACGUCUGGUCAGUCUGUCUGUUGCCUUACUGAGGGCUUAGUACGAGUUCGUUUUACGUUUAAAGUAAUCAAAACGAGACCGUGUUCGGCGCUCUGAUUGGCCGGCUCCAAUCAACCAACCAAUCAAAGCGCCGUACGCGGUCUUGUCUCAAUUACUUUAAGCGUAAAACAAGCUAGAGCCUCGUCAGCUUAAACCUUAUUUUAUAAUAGAUUUUUAAAGACUUGAUGAAUGCAAAUCUAUAUAUAUAAAAGAAAGUCGUGUUAGU